GCCAGCGGACCAACUGUUUCCGGUCGGUGUGUUUAAAGCGGAAGUGAGUGUCGGACACUGAGUGAGAGCUGCCGCUGGUUACUGCCAUUAAAGAUGAAGUUUCUUCCCAAACUGCUGCUGCUCGCGCUGUUAGCCUUCCCCGCUGCGCUGCUCACCAGAGGGCCGGUGGUGAGUGCUCAGGAUCUGACUGAAGAUGAGGAGGCUGAGGCCGUGGAGGAAGAUGUGGUGGACGAUGUGACGGCUGAAGACGAGGACGAUGAGGCGGAGGUGGAAGACGAUGAUCACGUGGAGCUGACGGAAGAAAAAGAAGAGGAAGAGGAGGAGGCGCUGGUUGGAGAGGUGAAGGCUUCCCCCAACGCUGACACCACCAUCCUGUUUGUCAAAGGAGAUGACUUCCCAGCCAACGACAUCGUGAAGUUCCUGCUCGGCUUCACCAACAAGGGAGCCGAGGAAUUCGUGGUGGAGUCUCUGGACGCGUCUUUCCGUUACCCACAGGAUUACCAGUUCUACAUCCAGAACUUCACGGCUCUGCAGCUGGGCACCGUGGUGCCAGCCAGCAAACAGGCCACGUUCGAGUACUCCUUCAUCCCCGCGGAGCCAAUGGGGGGGCGGCCGUUCGGACUCGUCAUCAACCUGAACUACAAGGACGGCAGUGGAAACGUCUUCCAGGACGCAGUGUUCAACCAGACGGUGACUAUCACUGAGAGAGAGGACGGCCUGGACGGGGAGACGAUCUUCAUGUACGUCUUCCUGUCGGGCCUCGGGCUGCUGGUCGUCGUCGGCCUCCACCAGCUGAUGGAGUCUCGAAAGAGGAGGCGUCCAGCUGCCAAGGUGGAGAUGGGAACCUCGAGCCACAGCGACGUGGAUCUGAGCUGGAUCCCUCAGGAAACACUCAACCAGAUCAACAAAGCGUCUCCGAGACGAUCUCCACGCAAGAGGAACCAGAAACGCUCGGUCGGCUCCGACGAGUGACGGCGCCUUGCACCGCGGCGACAACACUCCACCCGCC